GAAGAUUGCCACGGUCGCGAGUACAACACAGUAUGCUGUGGUCACGACUCACGUUCUCAUCCUUUUUCGCGGCUAAUCGUCACCGCAAGUCUUCUGCUUCAUCUCGAUUUUGCUACAAAUCUACAAAAUAAUUAUGACGGAGAAUAAGGAGCGUACCUUUAUCAUGGUUAAACCAGACGGCGUACAACGUGGUUUGGUCGGCAAAAUUAUUCAACGAUUCGAAGAGAAGGGUUUCAAACUCGUAGCUAUGAAGAUGUUGUGGCCUUCUGAAGAGCUCUUAAAGAAACACUACGCUGAUUUGGCAUUAAGACCCUUUUUCCUAGAAUUUGUCAAAUAUAUGAGUUCAGGAACAGUGGUGCCAAUGGUCUGGGAAGGCUUAAAUGUCGUGAAAAUUGGCCGCGUGAUGGUGGCCGAUACAAAUCCUAAAGAUUUUGUGCCAGGCACAAUUCGUGGCGAUUUUUGCAUACAAGUUGGACGCAGUAUUAUCCAUGGCUCCAAUUCGGUUGAAUCAGCCAAGAAGGAAAUUGAUUUAUGGUUUAGUGAAAAGGAAGUGAUUGAAUGGACGCACGUGUCUGAAAAAUGGAUCUACGAAUAAAAACUCAUUACAAAAACUA